AUGGGUCUCUCAGAUUGGUUGUCCAAUCUAGGGGCAAGCUUUUCUCAGGAUGAUGCAAACAGUCCGCCCCAAAAACAACAAUCGAAAACAAUCGAGGGGAAAAUCGAAAAACCUACAGUGAGUGAUAUAGCAAUGUACAAUUUUAAUCAUGCACCAAGUGAUGCUGAAAACAUCAAUGCAUCCGGCAAAACUGGUGGAAUAGGAAGGGGUGGUACGGCUGCAGGUAUUCCGGUGGAAGGAGCCGAGGUUUUAGGAAGUGAAGUGGACAAAAAAGCAGUAUCAGGAUCAAAUGCACUUUCAAAAUUGAUAUCCACCAAUCCAUACUUCAUGGCCGGUGGUGGCUUGAUGGUUCUUGGAGCCGGAUUUGCGGUGCUGAAACGAGGUGUCACACUACUGGCACAGCUUGCUCGAAAGAGGUUAUUGGUCAAUUUAGAGAUAAGAAACAGUGACAAAGCAUAUUUGUGGUUUUUGAAAUGGAUGGCUCAAUAUAAAGGGCGAGUGUCUAGGCAACUAAGUGUGCGGACAACAUUUGUUGAACAUCCGAAUGGGUCCGUCACAACAGGAUUCUCGUUUGUGCCUGGACCCGGAAACCAUUGGUUGAAAUAUAAAAAGGCUUGGUUUUACGUGAAGAGGCAAAGAUCCGAGCGUAUUCACAAUUCAGGACAACCUAUGGAGACAGUAACAGUGACCACAUUGUUUCGGGAUAGAUUCUUGUUGGCAGCUAUAUUGGAUGAGGCUAGAUCUAUGGCCAUGGAAAUGAACCAAGGAAAGACAGUUCUUUUCAAGUCGUGGGGCCAAGACUGGCGUCCUUUUGGAAAACCUCGUAAGAAACGGCAGAUGGACUCGGUGAUUUUGGAUAAAGGGAUCAAGAAGUUGAUCGUGAAGGAUGUACAAGAGUUUCUUAAAUCAAGUACCUGGUACGACAAACGUGGGAUACCAUACAGAAGAGGAUAUCUUCUUUACGGUCCGCCAGGGAGUGGAAAAACUAGCUUUAUACAGGCUCUUGCAGGGGAGUUUGAUUAUAAUAUCGCAAUUAUGAAUAUAAGCGAGCGGAACUUAACCGAUGACAGAUUGGCAUACUUGAUGAACAAUAUUCCGGAACGGACUAUUCUUCUUUUGGAGGAUAUCGAUGCUGCAUUUAACAAGCGGGAGCAAACAAAUAACCAAGGAUAUGUUUCAGGAGUCACUUUUAGUGGACUCUUAAAUGCAUUGGAUGGCGUUGCCUCUGCUGAAGGUGUUCUUACAUUCAUGACAACUAAUCACCCAGAAAAACUAGAUCCUGCAAUGAUGAGGCCAGGUAGAAUAGAUAUGAAAAUAGAGAUUGGAAAUGCUACGGAUUACCAGGUGAAGCAGAUGUUUAUGCGGUUUUAUGAUAAGGAAGAGGAAAGCGAGACAUUCCUCAAAAGAUUAAAAGAGCUUGGCUUACCAUAUAUUAGCACAGCACAACUUCAGGGCUUAUUUGUACAGUUUAAAGACAGUUCUAAGGGCGCCAUAGAUAAUAUUGACAUCCUCAAGACACCAAGGUUGAAUAACUUUUUCUACGAAUAA